CAAGCUCCAUGGGCUAAAAGGGGUGGGGUGGGGGUGCAAAUAAGAACCUCGGGUUUUUAUUUUUUUUUAAAGAAGCACCCUUCAGCAGACCAGUUGCAUGCCCUUAGCACCCUGUCACGCACUGACUUCUAAAUCCACGAGGAUCUGAGUUUCUUAUUUUGCGGGAGGGAGGGAGGAAGUCCCUGGUGGAAACAUUGCAUUGCCACCUGAUUUAUUGAUACAGCUCUUCUUGCUAUCUCCAUUGCACCAGGACCAAGGGUGAGAUCACUGGUUUGCACAGAGGAGUGAGGUGGGAAUAUCUGAAGACAGUGGUGGGGGGGGGGAGGGGGAGGAGAGAGAUAUCCAGUACUGAUCGCCCCCAGCUUGGGGAAAGUCACUGUAUAGCGGCUGUUUGGCCUUCCUCUCUGCCAUCAUGUUGCUUUAACAGUACCUGCUGAUCAGGGAAUCUGGUGAUCCAGCCAACAUGACUAGUUAACCCAAAGGACAAUAUUGUGUGGGAGGGAGGCAGGGAGCACCAUUGCCGGAGCCAGGCUAUAAAGAAUACCAGCUCCAUCUACUUGGGCCGUGCCAAAGCCAUUAUUUCUGUCAAUCAACAAGCAAUUGCAGUGGAAGGAUAGCAAUUGGGGGUUCGGUUAUAUGCAAGGUAUAGUUAUACUGCAGCUUCGAGCUGUUAGUGGGUGUGGGAAGGGUGGGAAUUUGAGGGCGAGGAAGAAAAGCAGCAGCUGAGUGGAGUUACUGUGAACGGGCCACCGUGGGGAAACAGGAGCUGAGCGGGUUGUGCACACUGGACGACAUCAGGGUAUUUGCUUCGGAGAGAUUCAUGCUGUGAGGCAAAGGAGCACCAAACUUGCCGGUUCUGGAAAGGGAAAUAAGGAACUCCCCCCCUCUCUUUUUUUGGAAAGAAGAAGAACAGACUUUGUGGCAUUAGGGGCUGUCUCCCUUUUUACUUAAGAGGAGUAUUGGACGGAGUGGCACAAUGACUCAUUUGCAGGCAGGCCUGUCCCCAAAGACGCUGGAGAAAGCCCGGCUAGAACUGAACGAAAACCCGGACACCCUGCACCAGGACAUCCAAGAGGUGCGGGACAUGGUCAUCACCCGGCCAGACAUUGGCUUUCUGCGCACGGACGACGCCUUCAUUCUCCGCUUCCUUCGGGCCAGGAAGUUCCAGCAUUUCGAGGCGUUUCGCUUGUUGGCCCAGUACUUUGAGUACCGCCAGCAGAACCUCGAUAUGUUCAAGAGCUUCAAAGCCACAGACCCAGGCAUCAAGCAGGCACUCAAGGAUGGCUUCCCAGGAGGACUGGCUAACCUUGAUCACUACGGCAGGAAGAUCCUGGUUCUGUUUGCUGCCAACUGGGACCAAAGCAGGUACACACUGGUGGAUAUUUUGCGUGCCAUACUUCUUUCCUUAGAAGCCAUGAUUGAGGAUCCUGAACUUCAAGUAAAUGGAUUUGUUUUGAUUAUAGACUGGAGCAACUUCACUUUCAAACAGGCUUCUAAACUGACACCAAGUAUGCUUCGAUUAGCCAUAGAAGGCCUUCAGGACAGUUUUCCAGCUCGCUUCGGAGGAAUUCAUUUUGUAAAUCAACCAUGGUACAUCCAUGCCCUCUAUACAGUUAUACGGCCAUUUUUGAAGGAAAAGACAAGGAAAAGGAUAUUUCUCCAUGGAAAUAACCUCAACAGCCUGCACCAGCUAAUCCACCCUGAGAUUCUGCCUUCUGAAUUUGGUGGAAUGCUGCCGCCUUACGAUAUGGGCACUUGGGCAAGAACGCUGCUUGAUCACGAAUACGACGACGACAGCGAAUACAGUGUGGACUCAUACAACACUUCUGCAAAAGAAGUCGAAAAGGACCUGUCUCCCAAAUCCAUGAAGCGGUCUCAGUCAGUUGUGGACCCUGGAGUGUUAAAGCGCAUGGAUAAAAAUGAAGAAGAAAACAUGCAGCCCUUGCUUUCUCUUGACUAACAAUGUCUGAGCAUCGAACAUGAAUUGGGGUGGAAGGUAUUGCCUUUCGGCAACAAGCAAACCAUUGGGAGGAGAAUGUGUACCAGCCGGAAUCCUAUUUUUCAUGUUAAUGUAGCAUAACAUAAUGAGGCAGCAGGUUUUGCCAGUCAGCCUGGAACAUGCGAGCCCUGGGCUGGGAAACAGGGUGGAAAGGAAGAAGAUGAAAAGGAGCAAAUAUCAAUAAUAUAUUCUGUUAAGUGCCAACCUGUUUGUAAAUAGAGUCUAUUCCUUCUCUCUGUAUUUGUAAGUAAUGGUAGGGAUGUAGUACAGGAAAGGGAAAAAAAAGAGUGGCUAUUAAAAUAUGCCAGUUGAAUGCACUGUAAAAGAACAAAAAGCACCCUGAGAAAAAAAAGAAAGAAAUCAGACCUAAGUAACAUUCAUCCUUUUUAUACAAAGCCAUAUUACACCUUUCAUAUGGACUGCUUUAUUCUGUUCAAACAUUUUUUCUUUAAACGAGAAGAUAUAGGGUCCUGUAGACAUCAUUGUAACUGGUGUGAUGUUACCUGUCAAUCAGAUUGUAUUUCACAGACAUUGCUGAGAUUCAUGAUGGAAACUAGAAACCAUAUGAGAGAGAGAGAGAGAGAGAGAGAGAGAGAGAGAGAGAGAGAAAGAAAGAAAGAAAGAAAGAAAGAAAGAAAGAAAGAAAGAAAGAAAGAAAGAAGGUAUAGACACAGGGAGCCAAGCACCUUUCUUUGGCAUAUAAAACAACUGGUUUUUAAUCUUUUAAUGCUAAGUUUGGGGUUUUGAGACCCAUUUGGGUCCUGAGCAUAAGGUGGGUCUCAAAGAAAGCACCUGCCUCUUAUCCAGUCUCCAUUUGAGAACUUGAAUCCUUGACUGGAUCAUUUGUAGUAAUGCUCAGCAUUCCACACAUAAUACUCAGCAGCAACAGAUUGAUGCAUUUCCAAACCUUACAAAACUGAAGUCUGAAUACAUAUCUAUAUAUUUUUACCACUCUCUACAUAUAACGUGUCAUUGGUAGAUAAGUAUAUGUAAUCAAGGAUUUAUAAAAACAAAUCAUACCUAUUUGGUGUGCUUAGAGUUUAUUAUAGAUUGUAUAUUAAGACAAUGUCAUCGUUAACAUAGUAAAAAAUUAAGUACCGCAUCCUACUUUGAGCAAGAUUUAAUUGUUAUAAGUACGGUGUAGUACAAUACCAUGCUAAGGCCAUCUUUUGUUUUGUGAUGUAAUUGUGUAGAUGAAACAUGUGCCAUAUUAGACAGAAAAUACAUUUUUACCUCAAAAGACCAAACAGUCCCUAAAGUGGACUGAACACGGUCAGCUGUAGUUUAGGGGUAUAUAUUCAUCUUUGAUGUGUGCUGAUAUGCUUGUGUAUUUUCGCCGUACAUCAAGACAAGAAUGUACCCUACAACUAUACAGAUCUCUGUCAUCAGAAUUUAAUAUGCCACUUGAACAGGAAUGACAAGAUCUCUUUCUCGCAAAAAAACCAAAACGUUACUACUGAACUCUUAAGGGCUCUGAAGAAAUAUAUUGGAAUUAAUUAUUGGAUAUUUAAGAUGCCUAAGAUCAGGCUUAAUGCUGCGACAGAUUGUGUUCCUAUUGAAAAUCUUCAGUUUCAAGACAGUAGAAUGACUUGUUUGUUUUAAAUCACCUCCAUACCAUUCAGAGAAAACCUUCAGAUCAUUUUUGGGGAAAGAGGAAUUAAAAUACAUUCUGCCUGUACUGUCUUUGUGUAAUUCAGAUACUCUGUUGAGACACCAUAUGCAUGUCUGCUAUCAUUGAUUUCCACUGCAAGCUAGUGUUAAAAUGAUGUGAGGCUGUAGUGUACUCUAGACCACUUAAUGCACUGCUGGAUGCUCAGUUAAGAGAUUCUUAUUUGGCUUAAUUUUACUUUUCCUUAUUUAAACUAUGACAAUAGUGUUCUUUGCAGGCUAGAGCAUUAUGCUUGGUUACAUUAUUGAAGCAUUCAUCAUUCUAAUAACAUGGUAAAUAAGCAACCUAUCUAUUAAGCAGGGAAACCUUCAUGGUGGGAACACUAUGAUGAAUGCAUUAACCAAAAUGGAUCUGUUUUUGACAGGAAUGGCUUGUAGUUAACAAUACCUAUGCUUAUCACAUCCAGAGAUCUUAAGUUGAAGGCUGUGGUCUUAAAACAAUGACUGCCUAUUGUAUGAUAUCAAUUGCCCUUGGGCCACCUCACUGAAUAAACACUUAACAGGCCGCCAUGGCCAAUCUAGUCUAUCUAGCAUAUGUGCCAGGACCAGCAACUGUAUCUGGUUUGACCCUUGGUGGUAAGUAAGCAGCCUAACUUAUCACAAGACUGCAGCCUCAGAGUUUUCCUAGAAAUACAGCUGCAGCACCUCCAGCAACAUCAGCAGUAAGAACAUUGCAUGUCUCUCCAUGGGGCUCUACAUCAGUUCCCAUGGAGUAAUUUGAUUAGAUAUGUGUUCUUUCUCAAUUGAAGCUUGGGUCUCUAACUUUAGAAGUUUCCUGUAUAGCACUAAUACCUUUUUGCAUGGCUCCAUAGGAAUGAGCAAGCUGUUGAAUGACUGGAAUCCUUAUGCUUCCAAACUGAUAAGAGUUAGACAAUUUGGAACAGAAAACAUGCUAGGCAAAAUGAAAUGGUAAUUUGUUCUUAGCUCUAUAGUGGAUAAGCUUAACUGCAGGUGCAGACAUUUGCAGCAGUGCCAGACAAGAGGACUUUGUCUUGGUGCAGCACACA